AUGCCGAAGAAGAAGGCUGGUAGCCGAAAGCGCGACAAUGAGGCGGACCUUGCUGAGCUUGAAAAGCUCCGGAAGCAAGUCGCUGAACAGAGCAAGGCGCUGAAGGCCGAAGAGGAUCGCAAGGAGGAAGAAAGCAAGAACAAGCCCCAGGUCAACAGUCGGCGUCAACGGACACUGGUUCGGUGGGAUGUUGACACCGACAUUCGACUUCUUCUCGCUAUGCAGUAUGUCUGCAAUAUAAAUAGCAUCAAGGUUCCCUGGAAGGAGAUCGCGACAGUCAUGGGAGAAAAGUUCACAGAGGGCGCCAUUGUCCAACAUUUGUCCAAACUUCGGGUCAAGCGGGAGGAGCAGGCCAAGUUAGUCCCCCCUCCACUGAAGCGUGCAGGAAAUGGUUCCAAGAAGGGUGCUUCCCCGAAGGAGGGUGCGCCGAAGCCUCGCACCAGCAAGCGCCGUCGCCGUGAUGUUUCCGAUACUGAAUCUGAAGCCAGCGUGUACACCCUGAAGAAGAAGCAGUUUGCAAAGGACAAAAAGAAGGACACUGUGUUCGUUGCUCCCAAACUGCGCACAAAGCGUCAGGAUACCGACAGCCUUGGCUCCCAGAAGCUGACUUGUGUUGGAACGGAAUGGAUUAGUGACUUCGAGAAGGGGAAUGAGCGUGCCAUUGAUGAAGAAUCGGAUACUUCUGAGGGGUCAUCAACUGAAAGCAGCGAGGCAACUACUCAAGGGGCUAAGAAAUCAAAGAUUGUGACAUUGAAAGUGAGCAGUCAGCGACUGGCAAGUCUUGACCACCACCUUGGCAACUCUGCGACUUUCCAAGAGCCCGUUACUCCAACCAACCCAUCGCGUGCUAUCACCAACAUGGCACCCCGCCAUCCAUCCUAUUAUCCUCUCAUGAAUUCCGAUCCCCUUACACGACUAUCACCUUUGCCACCUUGCCCAUUCACAAACACUAGGCCUGGUGUCGCUUUCCCAUCCAAUGGCCCUAGCCCAUUCGACAUUGCCAACCGGGCUGCUAUUGGAACUUCUGACGCCGUGCCAGGUGUAACAUAUUCGCCGUUUGACUUUCCCACCGAAAUGCCAUUUCCGGAUCAGUAUGGCGGUCAAGGUAUCCUAUACAGCGAGAGCAGCGGUUUUGAGAACCAGUUCAUCCCCGAGGAUGAAAUGUUUGUCAACCUUGCUGACGUGGACCCAUCCCGUUACUUGGGAUAUGAUUGUGAAGACGGCAAGGAGUUUUAG